CUGGCUGUUCUUUGGGGAUGGAGCGUACAUGGGACUGUGUUUCCUCCGCUGGGAUGUUUAUUCUCGGGGUACUGUCGGUGCUCUGGUCGGCGCCUUCGGGAGUUUGGAGUUUUAACCUUUACGCAGAGCAUCCUACUGUUUACCGGGGACCUGAUGGAAGUUAUUUUGGUUAUUCUGUGGACUUCUAUCAAGCUACCGCCGACAGCAACACGAUCAGUGUGUUGGUGGGGGCUCCUAAAGCGAACACCUCCCAGCCCGGCAUCGUGGAGGCUGGUGCUGUCUACUACUGCCCCUGGCCUGGACAGCCUGACAGCUGCAGGCAGAUACCUUUUGACAAUUCCAAUAACAGAAUGAUAAAAGUAAAUGGCACCAAAGAGCCUCUGGAGUUUAAGUCUCAUCAAUGGUUUGGAGCAUCAGUCAGAACACACAAAGGAAAAGUGGUGGCAUGCGCUCCUCUUUACCACUGGCGGACAGUGAAGAUGAGUGGGGAGAAGGACCCUGUGGGGACUUGCUAUGUGGCCGUCCAGAACUUCAGUGCCUACGCAGAGUACUCACCCUGCAGGACAAAUGACCCAGACCCAGAGGGGCAGGGAUUCUGCCAGGCUGGCUUCAGUGUGGAUUUCACCAAGGAAGGAACGCUGGUGGUGGGAGGACCUGGAAGCUUCUACUGGCAAGGUCAGGUGAUGACAGCAGGGAUAGCUGAGAUACUGAACGGCUACUCUUUGAAGGCAGUGCUGAGACGAGUUCCAGGAGAAAAACACACAGUUGCUGCUGAAGACACACACGACGACAGUUACCUUGGUUACUCUGUGGCAGUGGGAGAGUUUACAGGAGACUCUGAACAAGAGCUGAUAGCUGGAGUCCCAAGAGGAGCACAGAACUUUGGAUAUGUGGCAAUGAUCAACUCCACCAAUCUGACCUUCAUUCAGAACUUCACAGGGGAACAGAUGGCCUCCUAUUUUGGCUACUCAGUGGCUGUCACUGAUCUGAAUGGAGAUGGGACAGACGACGUGCUGGUUGGAGCACCUCUCUACAUGGAAAGAGAGAUGGAGAGCAAGCCCAGGGAGGUGGGGAGGGUGUACCUGUACCUGCAGAUGGCCCCCCUCACUUUCUCCAAACCUGUUGCCCUCACUGGCACACACACCUUCGGACGCUUUGGCACAGCUAUAGCACCCCUGGGAGAUGUCAACCAGGAUGGAUACAAUGACUUGGCGGUGGGCUGUCCAUUCGGAGGAGAGGAGCGUGGGGGCAGAGUAUUGAUCUUUAAUGGUAACAGAGAUGUUGCCUCGCAAGGCCUGACGGUGAGCCAAGAGCUGAGAGCAGCCUGGACCUCCAGUGGCAGCUUGCCUGGAUAUGGAUUUACUCUGAGAGGAGGCCAAGACCUGGACAACAAUCAGUACCCUGAUCUGAUCGUGGGGGCUUUUGGCGCAGGCGAGGUGUCGGUGUACAGGGCUCGAUCUGUAGUGUCUGUGGAAGCUGCAAUGAUCCUGACUCCCAGAAUUCUGAACCCUGAUGACCGACAGUGUCACCUGCCCCUCACAGACACCAUGGUUACCUGUCUCAAGGUGGAUGUGUGUGCGGCAGUGAGCGGUGUGGGGAUCCCCAGCUCUGUGGACCUGAAAGCAGAGCUUCAACUGGAUUGGUUGAAAGGCACCAGGGGCGGAGUCAAGAGAGUUCUCUUCCUGGAUACUCAGCAGCCUCAUCACACAGGGCUCCUCAGGCUGGGUCACAAUCGUCCACGUUCAUGCCUGAGCUAUACCAUUUACCUGAGAGAGGAUGAUGAGUUCAGGGACAAAUUAACUCCCAUCUCACUGGCUCUGAACUACAGCUUGGCCUCCCUUCCUCCUCAUGGCCAAAACCUCCCACCUGUCCUCAACCACUACAGCAGCACCUUCCUUCAAGAGCAUGCCUACAUUCUCUUGGACUGUGGUGACGACAAUAUUUGUAUCCCCGACCUCCAGCUCUCUGCCAGCAUGGAUCGCUCAGAGCUAGUGAUUGGAGAUGACAAUCUGCUAAUGUUGACCAUCAGUGCGGUGAACCGAGGCGAGGGAGCCUACGAGACAGAGCUCCACACACUGAUACCACCCGAGGCAGACUACAUUGGAUUGGAGCGUAAAGUUGAGUCGCUGUCUCAGUUAAACUGCGAGUACAAGAUGGUCAACGAGUCCCGCAUGGUGGUGUGUGACCUGGGGAAUCCAAUGGUGGCUGGGACUGAGCUGUCUGUUGGUUUGCGGUUCUCUGUCCAAAGGCUGGAUGACGCUGGACCAAAGAUAAGCUUUGAGCUACAGAUCCACAGCUCCAACAAAGAUAACUCUGACAGCAACCUAGUCAGUUUGAAUCUGUCCAUUGUUGCCAAAGCUCAACUUGAUUUACGUGGGGUGUCUCAUCCCUCUCAGGUGGUGCUGCCAUUUCCACGCUGGGAACCAAAAGAGAAGCCUGUGAAAGAGGACGACGUGGGACCACAAGUAACACACAUCUAUGAGCUCCAUAACUCUGGUCCCAGCAGUAUAGGGGAAGCUGAGCUCCAGGUUGGCUGGCCUUCCCAUUUCCGUGACGAGAACCUGCUGUAUGCUAUGGAGAUCCAAACUGACGGACCAAUUAGCUGCAGGACGAACACCAGCCUCAACCCGCUUGGCCUUCAGAUAUCCUCCCUCCAGGAUACACCUGAAUUAUUGGGCUUCUUGAGAAACACCAGCACUCCUUUUCACCGCCGUAAACGAGCCGUCAAUGCCGCACAAAGUUAUAGCGGUAAAACCUUGAAUUGCACUAAUAUCUCCUGUCUGAGGAUCAUGUGUGUUGUUGGGAGGUUGGAUCGUGGGCAGAGUGCGGUAGUCAAAAUCCGCUCGAGACUCUGGGCACAUACUUUCCUGCAGCGGCGUAAUGACCCCUACAUUCUCAACUCUACUUUGUCCUUCAUGGUGACAUCCAUGCCUUACCGCAUCCAACCCCCCACCCUGCCGCAGCACACCACCUCGAUGGGGACACUGGUGUUAUGGGGGACUCCAGAUGUGUCGUUUGCCGUUCCACUUUGGGUCAUCAUCCUGGCCAUACUGCUGGGACUGCUGGUGUUGGCCAUGCUAACACUAGCCAUGUGGAAGUGCGGCUUCUUUGACCGGGCGCGGCCACCAGCUGAUGAUGACAUCUCCGACCAGGAGCAGCUGACAUCUGAUAAAACAGGAGAUGCCUAAGACAAUAUUUAACAGCUCCUGAUUUGAGGACUCUGGGUUUGGAGGGAUGUGCACCUUCUGAGUAGCUUAAAAUCAGAUCUGAAAUCUGUAGAUGUUGAACCCGACAUUCCUUGGCUGGAGGUCUUCUGCCUCUGUGUUAACAAACCAGACUGAAAGGACAG